AUGGGGCUCGUCAUGUUCAGUACCAACACCUCAUUCAUGCCCUUGCAACAAACUCGCACUCCCAGCCAUCUGAUGGCAUCUCAGGGGUUACAGGAGUCACAAAUAUUCGGAGCUGGGGCCUCGGCGCAAGGCAAGCUGCCCUGGUUCGCUGUCGUAAUCCCCGAAAUUCUAGCACUGAUUCUGUCGUCUUUGACCAAUAGCAAUCGCAAGUCUCUGCGACCGACAUACAAAGUCUUCCAGGUCACCCCUUUAUGCCUCUCACGAGUAUUCCUCCCCACCAAACCCCGAGACAUCGAGAUGUUUCACGCGCUUGCGGACCAUCCCAAGUUUCCACGCCAAGUCACAGAAGUAAUAUGGGACGAGGCGCGCUUCAUUCCAACACCCUCUCCCUCGGAAGAUGAAUGGUAUGCGAUGAUAGAGCAUGGAAUUCAAACAUCAAGUCUCCGAUCGCCGGAGAUUGGCCCUGAAAGCGAUCCUCCAUCUUAG